GUGCAUCUGAGCAAUGAGCCAUAAUAUAGGAAUCCCCUCGCUAUCUUGACAUGGUUUAGAUAUUUUAGUAAUAAGGCAUGACACCUUGAGUUUUUCAUCAUUACAGUGAUAUACGAUUAAGUGUGUGGUUGACUUUGUGGCCUGUGUCGAUCAAGGUCUGGGAGGUUUUCAAGCCUCAGUCAAUCACUACCAUAGAAACACCUCCUCAGGAAACACUGUUUUGUGAAAAGGAAGAUCUAACAGCGCAUUGUUUAGAAACUAGUUCAAGUGAUAUAUUGAAGCAUCCCAGGAAACAAAUGUUUCCUGUAUUUUGAUAUUGCAUAAAUCUGGAAUCAAGGAAUUUCCAAGCAGUUGCAGUGUUAAUACUGCUGUUCGCAUUGUUUUCAUUUGAUAAGGACAUAAUUUGUAGUGAUUGAGUUUUGUGUUACAUUAAAACAAUGGAAGGUAGUUUUACUGCUCUUCAAUCUCCCCCUUGCUCAACUAGCAUGUACAGUAAUGGACAGCCAGUGUGUGAAAUGUUAUAUAGCAGGGUCAAGCUAGAGCCAGACACUCACUAUCCCUCUAAUGGCUAUAGCAGGCAGACAAUGAGACCUGACCAUUUUCCAGAUAGUUGCAGACAGAAUCGCUAUAAUGGGCAUAAUCUUCAUAUGGAUUGCUUAAGACAGGACAGUUCAUCUACCUUUUACUCAGAUCCCCAGAGAUCUUGCUCUAAAAUGUCCCCCCAAAUUGGUGGUAGCCCCCCUGGCUAUUCCUCUUAUCCUGUCUAUAAUAACAAUUCUAUGGAAAAUCCUCCGUCAUGUGCAUUUGGAAUGCAAAGACCAAGAAAGAGUCAAGGAAUGUCAAUUUGGGCAAAGACCCAGUUGUUGCCCCAAGAACUCCUCAAACAUGUGUCCAGUUUGUACGAGAGUUCCCAGAUCCCCAUAGAGGUGCGGCAUUAUUUUGCCGACUGGAUAGAGGAACAGCCAUGGGGACAGAUUGAUGAGAGUAACCCUACAGAUCGGGAUCAGCAGUUUGCCGAGCAGCUUCUGAACAAUCUCAUCGGAGAGAUAGAGACCAAGUCCGCAGAACUCCCACAGCAGAAUGAGUACUUCUUACUCAAGCUCAAGUUUCAGGAAGUGGCCAAUCAGUUCAGGUCAGUCUACUCCCAGAAUCCUUUGGAACUCGUACGUACAAUCAAGAGGAACCUGGCAACAGAGGAGGCAUUGGUCCGACAACAUGAAAAUGUAAGAUCUCCCAUACAAAAUCAAGUAUAUCUCUAAUACUUUAUACAGCCAACCACUGUUCCCAUGCCUGGCUUUGACAAAGACAAGCUCAUCAUGUCUAAGAUUGAAGGUGUCGGAGUACAAGUGUCUGAGUCAGAGAGAAUGGUCAAAGAACUUACAGAUAAACAAGAAGUGUUUACAAUUAACUACCAGAAACAACUUCAGAUCAACAGUCGAUUAAAUCAGACCUGUUCGGAGAAAUACUUAGCCACCCUGUCACCAGAGGAAAUCCAGCGAGUGACAGAGAUGAGAAAAAACUUGGAGAAGCAGAAGAAGGACUUUGAGUCGGUAUUAGCGAAGGGAGCUCAGACACUUAUCAAUGCCAGGGUGGAAAUAGCAGAGAAGUUGAGUAAGAAUUUUGAGGCUCUUGAGGAAGUGAGACAUCAAGUUGUUGAUCAGGAGUUGAUAGAAUGGAAACGUCAACAGCAGCUGGCAGGAAAUGGAGCCCCAUUCGAUCCACAGUUACUGGAUAACUUACAGAAAUGGGUUGAGUCCACGGUGGAUCUGGUGUGGAGGAGCAGACAGCAGGUGAUUAAACUAGAAGGACUCUGUAGCAGUAUUCCACUCCAGCUGCCCAACGGGAAAGACGACGAGGUGUCAGUUCUUAACAACAAAAUUACCAGCAUACUGUCUUCCAUUGUGACAAGCACAUUUAUUGUUGAGCACCAGCCUCCUCAAGUUUUAAAGAGAGAUUCCAGAUUUAGUGCUCGGGUCCGUCUUCUAGUGGGUGGCAAACUGACCAUUCACCUGACCCCUCCGACCGUCACCGCCUCCAUUAUCAGUGAGGCCCAAGCCAAGCUUUUGUUGAGGGGCCCCAACAGACGACCUGACAAUAACUGUGGGAAGAUCCUUAACAACUCAGGCACGAUGGAAUUCCAACCUCAGAAAGGGGAACUCAGUAUCGAGUUCAGGAAUAUGAUUCUGAAGUCAAUUAAAAGAGCAGAGAAGAGAGGGACAGAGGCCGUCACAGAGGAGAAGUUCUGUAUUUUGUUCCAGAGUUCCUUCCAUUUAGGGAUGACAGUAAAUGAACUACAGUUUGAGGUUUGGACAAUCUCUCUGCCUGUAGUUGUGACCGUUCAUGGAAACCAAGAGUGCAAUGCUGUAGCCACAGUUUUAUGGGAUAACCAGUUUAGUGAAUCAGGGAGGAUGCCCUUCACGGUCCCGGACCAGGUGCCCUGGCCAGAUCUAGUCAAGUUACUGGACACCAAGUUCAAAUCCAUGGCCGAGAGAGGACUCACUGUAGAAAACAAACAGUACCUGGCCACCAAGCUGUUUGGUGGGUCAAUUGAUGACAACUUCUCUCAGAAGAUGGUCACUUGGAGUGCAUUUAACAGAGACCCACUGCAGUCCAGGAAUUACACCUUCUGGGAGUGGUUCUAUCAGGCCAUGAAGCUCACCAAGGAACACAUGAGGGGUCCCUGGAAGGAGGGAUAUAUUAAUGGAUUCAUCAGCAAACUGGAUUCUCAGCGACUUCUGGAGAAAUGUAACGUGGGAACUUUUCUCCUACGAUUCAGCGACAACUUCAUUGGUGGAAUCACCAUUGCUUGGCUAGCUGAGAAAAACGCAGGUAAAAAACAAAUCUGGAACUUGCAGCCAUUCAGCGGUAAGGAUUUCCAAAUCCGGGGAUUAGCCGAGAGAAUUAAUGACCUGCCACAGCUGUUGACAUUGUAUCCAGAUAUCCCCAAACAGGUGGCAUUUAGCCGAUUCAUGACACAAACAACACACCAUCCUGGUAUUGGUACUGAUGGUUAUAUCCCACAUAACCUGAGAAUGGUGCCUGACACAACAGAUAUGAAUGGAUUUUCCAUGUCCCCAGAGAACCCCCUGACCCCCCAGCCCCAAGAUGACACAGACUCCAUAGCCUCAUGCCUGUCUCCACAGAACAAUGUCUGCAGCACCACGGCUGAUGGGACAACACUGAUGGAUCUGGACCAGUAUGAGCUACAGGAGCUGCCCGGGUCAGGAAUGGACUAUAAUGCAGACAAUGUGUUUGAGUUGAAUGAUCAAGACUUUACUGAUAUCAACUUCACCAGGCUCCUGGAGUCGGCAGCCAUUUUCUCAGCUCAGAAUUACAACACCCCCAGUGUGAACGAGAAUGGCAUCAACGGCAAUAUGAGCACCAUGAAUGGUUCCCCCAACUGAGUGCACGGUCAUGUCACCGGAAUGUGUGACUUCUCCAAAGAAAUAUACAGCUAAGACAUUGUACUGAGUGAAUGGGGGCCCUGACGGAAUACCCAGAUAAAAUGUAUCAUAAGAAUGAGCCCCCCCCUUCCCCAACUCCCCUAAGUUGAUAACAUAACAGUGCUAUGGAAGUGUUAAGUUUACAUGGGUUAUCCAAUGAAAUCACAUAUAUGACAAUAUUAUACAGCUUUUGUUGAAGCAAUAAAUCUAUACUGCUUUUGUUUUCACAUAUCUCUUCAUUAUUAGAGUUUUAAUAUAAGAAUGAUAUCAUCGAGAUGCAUAGUUAUGUGAAUUACUGUGUAUUAGAUUUUAUCAGUAAUGUUAAUAUGUGCUGUACUUUAGUUUUUUUAUGAAAUAAUCAACUGAUAAUUGAUUGCAGUGUUUUAUUGUUGAUAAUUUUUUUUUGUCACAGCCCAGUAUAAAAAGCUAUUCAAACAACAAGUUGUACAUGCAUGUAAGGUUUAUUUAAAAUUUGGACAAUAGCACUCCUUUAAACUAUUUAUAAUUGUAGCAGUUCAAAAGUACAUACCGUAUUUUGCAUCACUGGUACGUUAAAGUGUGAACCUUUUUAUAAGCCACUUUUUCUUGUGCACAGUAAUGUUGAAAAAUAAUACUUUGAGCAUCAAUCAAAAAUUGUUUGAACAAAAAUUAUUUAGAAACAUUGAUUAAUAAUGUGUUAAUAUCUGAGAUGUUUUGUGUUUGAAACUUCAUCAAAAAGUGCUUUGCUCUGAUUGGAAUCGCAUAACUACAUAUGUUUUAAGUUUUAUAUGUGUCAGAUUUUAUAUGAGGCUUCUAUGAAUAUGCUUGUUACAAUUGUUUUGGCUGUUAGGUAUGUUUACUUCUGAUUUUGUAUAAAUGUAUUUUUGUACAGUUUAUAUAUGCAGUGAUAAAGGAAACUUUAGGCUAUUUUGAGCAUUUUAUGAUAUCAUAAUAAUGCAAAAAACAAAAUUCCAAAGAGAACAAUUCCUUACUUCACUGAGGUAUCUUACCUGUCUGUAAGAUUGCAUCAUUUAUAUAUAUAGACAUUGAUUAAUUACCUUUACCUGAAGUUAAUCAUUUUAAACCUGUAUAUAUAUUGACAGUGAUAUUGUUUCUGCUUUCUUUCAAACACUGCUUGCCAGAUAUGCUGUUUUUAUUAGCUAGUUUUGAUGUUAACUGUCGCCAGCAUAUUGAACUGUUAAAUUUAUAUUGUACCUAUUGUAUUUUCGUAUUUGGAGCAUUUAAGAUAUUUUCAUUUGCUUAGCGUUGUGAUGCUUACAAAUAUGAAUUUCUUUAUAUACUAUGAAAAUUGAUCGUUUUGGUAAUUAACUAUAUUCCUUUGUAAAUCUUUUUUUUGGCAGUGAUGAUAGGGCACGUUAAUUCUUAUCUUAUGAAAUAACAUUGUGUAUUUUUAAUGUGUUUUGACAUCACUUUUUCUUUAUAUUACUUCAUGAAAAUUGAAUCUUUAAUGAUGUAAUUUGGUUUUCAACCAUAAAUAAGUUCAUUAUCAUUUUCUCUAUCCAAUACAUUUAGCUUUUUUACCCCAUUUUGAGCUACAUGUAUAUACCAAUAGCCAUAUUAAUUUUUUUUAACAACAAAUUACAAUUUUGUAUAAUGUAAAUUUUAAACAAAGUUUAAUACACUGUAACACUCUAUGAUAAGUUAAAAAAAAUCAUUGAUUAUUAGCAAAUGUUUUAAGAAAGUAGUAUUUAUUAUUUAAGGAUUAGUUUAAUAGUUUUGUGAAGUUUUUGUAUUAAGGUAAUUGUACUUCUGGCAUAGAGAUUAUUGACCUAAGUUUCCAGAAGAGUAAUAGAAUAGUAGUGCCCCUUAUAGCACUCACUGGGGCAGAGCUUACAAUUUUAGAAAAAAGAAGGUCAAGGAGACAGAGUUUAUUUUUGCUGUUUUUUAAAUGUUUAGGGUAGUUAGAUUUGAUACAAAUAUCUGUGCCAUAUAUUUAUGUACAUAGUCUAUUAAAAUCACUGUAUUCGUGCA